AAAUGGUGUAUGGCUUCAUCCCCCUCCUCCCUGCAUUGUCAUAACCCUGUAUCUCUACUCUUAAAAGUGUGUCCCAGCCAGCGUGUGGAACAGUCCCCGAAGCCCUCAGGCCGCGCCUGCCGGAUCCGGCCGCCUUGCAUGCCGAGUUCUCCCAGUUCUCCCACGGCCGGGACGGGACGAUGUCUGCCUUCGGCUACCGGAGAGAGCUCAGUAAAUAUGAGUCCAUCGACGAGGAUGAGCUCCUGGCCUCCCUGUCGGCUGAGGAGCUGAAGGAAUUGGAGCGGGAGCUGGAGGACAUAGCACCGAACCAGAGCCUUCCUGUGGGAAUGAGGCAAAAGAGUCUGACGGAGAAAACCCCCACAGGGAACUUCAGCCGGGAGGCGUUGAUGGCUUAUUGGGAAAAAGAAACUAAGAAGCUCCUGGAAAAAGAGAGGCUGGGGGAGUGCGAUAAGGAUACGAAGGAAGACGACGACAAAGAUGACAGCGAGGAAGAACUCGUCUUUACCGAAAGCAACAGUGAGGUUUCUGAAGAGGUGUAUACCGAAGAAGAGGAAGAAGAAAAAGAGGAAGAGGAGGAGGAGGAGGAGGAAAGUGAUGAAGACCAUAAGGUGGAUGAAAAGAAUGCCAGAGUGGAGGGCUGUGGGCCUACACCCAGGAGUGAGAGUGGCAGUCCUGAUGACCCCAAGCAAAAAACAUACAAAAGCCAAAUAGAAAACAUAAAUCUGACCAAUGGCCACGGGGGAAGGAACACGGAAUCCCCCGCUGCCAUCCACCCUUGUGGGAACCCCACUGUCAUCGAAGAUGCUCUGGAGAAGAUCAAGGCCAAUGACCCUGACACCACCGAGGUCAACCUGAACAACAUCGAGAACAUCACCACCAAAACCCUGAGCCGCUUCGCUGAGGCCCUCAAGGACAACACGGUGGUCAGGACGUUCAACCUGGCGAACACCCGGGCCGACGACAGCGCGGCCAUGGCCCUGGCGGAGAUGCUGAAGGUCAACCGGCACAUCACCAUCAUCAACAUCGAGUCCAACUUCAUCACCGGCAAGGGGAUCCUGGCCAUCAUGAGGGCCUUGCAGCAUAACACGGUGCUGACCGAACUGCGAUUCCACAACCAACGGCACAUCAUGGGCAGUCAGGUGGAGAUGGAGAUUGCCAAGCUGCUGAAAGAGAACACCACCCUGCUCCGGCUGGGCUACCACUUUGAGCUGGCUGGCCCAAGGAUGAGCAUGACGAGCAUUCUGACCAGGAACAUGGACAAGCAGAGGCAGAAGCGGAUGCAGGAACAGAAGCAGCUGGAAGCUGGCGAGGGUGCGGCCAACCUCAGGACCAAAGUCUGGCAGAGAGGGACCCCUGGCUCGUCCCCCUACGCCUCCCCACGGUCGUCCCCCUGGUCGUCCCCCAAGCUGCCCAAGAAGGCUCAGCCGGCAAGGAACCGACCAGCAUCCCCUGCCCCACCACCGCCACCCCCACCCCCACCCCCGCCACCAGCCCCUCAGCUUCCCCACCCACCACCGCCCCCACCCCCUCCACCACCGCCACCGCCGCCAGAGAAGAAGCUACCCACCAGGAACAUCGCCGAGGUCAUCAAAGAGCAAGAGAGGGCAUUUCUGAAUGGACAGAAAAAGGCCAAAAAGGGCAAGAAGGGGAAGAAGUCAUCCCAGAACCACGAGCUGAAGGAGAUAAAGAGUUCCUUAAAGACCGUGCCAGAGAAGAAGAUGGAAGAGAGCUCGCGGCCAUCCACCCCUCAGCGCUCUCUGCAUGACAGCCUCAUGGACGCCAUUCGGGGGAGCAGCAUAAAGCAGUUAAAGCGGGUGGAAGUGCCAGAGGCUCUGCGAUAAAAACGGGAAGGUGGGAAGAAGCAGAGCGUUUGCAGGCAUGGAAGAUGCCGAGUUCUGAGGCGCUACUCAAUAGACUGCAUUCUGAGGCAUGGUUGGCGUCUAGGUUUGAACCUCCCUCUCCCAGCAACCCUACAUAGCUCUUGAAAACGAUCUGCCUUUUCCUCUGUAAAUAUGGAAAUAAACAUCUUUUUUUUUAAUUUCA